UCAGCCCCAAAUGUAAGACCAUGAUUAUCGCGAGUCUUUAAUGGGGUCCUUAACUAAAAUUGGUGAUUUAAUUAGAUCAAAACAAAAUAAAAGGCUUGUUAUGGAUCCUUCUUGGGGUACUUUGGUGACAGAUUUUAAGUGUAGUUCAAAAAACCACAUGUUAGCACCACAUGUUUUUUUUUUUCUUUUUUUCUCUUUUUUUUUUCUUUCUUUCCUUUUCUCACCGCUUCUCGUCUUCUUGUUUUCUCCGUCAGAUGCGAAGGAUCCAAACCGACGACGGACCACAACUCUGUCGGUCCACUUGACGUUUCCUCUGUCUUCUCCGUGAGAAGAAGAAUCGAAACCCACCACGGACGACGACUCUCUCGGUCCUCACUGCUCUCCUCCGUAUUGUCUCGUCUUCUCCGUCAGAAAAAGGAUCGAAAUCCACCGCAAUCGACGACUCUCUCGGUCCUGAUGGCGUCUACUCCCGUCUACUCUCGUCUUCUCCAUCAGAAGAAGGAUCUAAAUCCACCACAAUCGACGACUCUCUCGGUUCUGAUUGUGUCACCUGCGUCAUCUCUUGUUUUCUCUCAGUACUCACGGCGUCUCCUCCGUUGAUUUUCGUCUUCUUCGAGUGAAGAAUGAUGCAAACCCAUCAUGGACGAGGACUCUACCAUUGUAGCUCAAAAAUUAGGUGAUUCUUAAUUAAGCUUCUUAGCUAACAUUCUUAACAACUAUUCAUUAAAGUGUAUUUAAGAAACCCAAAACGUGUACUCGACGUCGCUAUGCAUAUAUAUAUAUAUAUUUACUUUCCUAUAAAUAGAUAGGCAUUACCACUCCACGUACGUAUCUUUUAACAAUUACUUUAGAAUUAACGAAUACAAUGGCAGAAGGCGACGAUUCCUUUUCGAAGUCCAUCGAACAAGAGAACCCGACGGUUCCUCCUCCUCGUCCUCCUCCUCCACGUGAAACUCCCACCGCCAGUCAUCCACCAAGAGAAACAAAUCUUACAGAUGAGAGGAAGCAAUCUUUAAUCAACUCACUUCGCCCCACCUACUUAACUGAACAAGAAAUGGAGACUCGUUUGCAACCUCUCUUCAACAUAAUGACUAGCAGCGAAGAAGAAGACGUGGCUCUGUUUCAAGAAGUGAUCUCGAAACUCACCGGAAGCGAGCUUUGGUGGAUGGCCUAUUUGCUGAAUUCAAACUUCGAUCACUACUUCUUGGAGAUCGCAAGAAACAGGAUCGGCUCCAUCCGCCUACGAACGCUCUUCGGAAAAUCAGACGACGCCGACAGCUUCUUCCUCGGCCCUAUCUUGCGCCACUUCUUCCACGUCAUGACCGAUAAGGAAGCGUCCUACGCUGCGAUUCACGGGAUGCGAGUUUUCAACCAGAGGAAUAAAAUGCAAAUGUACGACCAAAUUCUCCACCACGCGAUUCCCCUGGCGCGUGACCGAUACGGCAGCAUCAAGCUCAGAGCAAUCAUAAGCGACGAUGACUUUGCACACUGCAGAAACCGCCUCCUCGGUGUAGUCGCUUUCAACGCUCUCUUGCUAAGCUACGAUGCUUACGGGAACUUUGUGGUCCAACACGUGCUUAACCUGAAUAACUUGCGUUGCACGUGUGACAUUGCGCUUAGCCUCCGUGGCCAUUACGUUGAGCUUUCAUUUACGCAUGGUGGAAGAUACAUAGCGGAAAAGCUUCUGGAGAGGGAGGAGACAGGGGUUUUGGUGGUGGCAGAGCUUUUGGAGUGCGAAAGGGACAAGUUGUUGAGGCUGGCGAGGAGUGUGUACGGGAAUUUCGUGGUGGUCACGGCACUGAAAGUCACGCGGGAAGAUUUGUUUAGGGGUUUAGUGAAUAAGCUCAAGCCUCUUCUCCCUCUAUUGCGUAGGUCUCAUCAAAGCAUCACCAUUGCAGAGAUAUUGGAGUCGGUACCUUAAUUAGCUUUCUCACAAAUUAAACUAGUAAAUGCCAUGGUUCCUACUACUAUGAUAUAUGCUGAUUGUAUGGUAGCUUAGUUAAGUAUUGUAACGAGUUUUGCCACUAAUGAUGGUAAAGAACGGUCGACAGUAUCUAGAAUUGUCUCUUCUAUGUGCUCAAUUAAACCAGGAAUGUGAAGCCAGGAACCAAAAAGCUUCUGGUGGAUUCAGUCAUUCCGGACUGUUGAGCAUUAUUUAAAUGUAUGGGAACAGCAACAGAAAGGGAUGAAUAAAAUCCAC